GCCCCGACCUGCCAUGCCCCAACCUGCCAGCAGAUGCCGCCAGUCUGCCUCAACCCCUGGCAAUCGGCCUGGGAGACCCCAGACACCUAGGCCGGGCCCUGACCCUGCCAAGCAGCCUGGGAGACCCCGUGGCAGGUGAUCAGUGGAAUCACCUGCAGCCCACUCUUCAACUCAUGGCAUAUGCUUUACUUAAGCCUUUGACAUUCAUUGUGACCUUGCUCGGUCAUGAGGAUUCCCUGCCCCUGCCAACACUGAACUCUAUGCUCCGAAUCAACUUUGCUGUGCUUGCUCCAAGAGGAACUCUUUAUUAUGAACUUUGCCAUUGCCCUCUCCAUGGUCGUACUCAAAACAUCCAAACACAUUCAGCCCACAAGGAUUUGAACGCAAAUGCAGACAGCACUGGUCAUUUUGAGACACUGGGUACCCGAAACAUCGAAACCCGAACACCUCACAAGGAUGUGGACACGGCUACAGACAUUGAAACACAUCCACCUCACCAAGAUGCGAAUGUGGCUACAUACAUCGAAACCCAUCCGCCUCACCAAGAUGCGAAUGUGGCUACAGACAUCGAAACAUAUCCUCACCAAGAUGUGCAUGUGGCUACAUACAUCAAAACCCAUCCGCCUCACCAAGAUGUGGGCAUGACUGCAGCAGGCAGUCUCCAUGUUGGAAUACCAGGCACUCAGGGCACCCAAUCACGCCCACCCCAUCAGGAGGACCAGGGCAAUCAAGGCACAACUGCUAUUGGUCCUAACGCAACACCAGGACUGUGCCACUGCCCAGAAGAAGAUGACAGGGGAAUGGCUCUGUUUGCUGCUAUGGCAUGUGUGUUUGCUGUUUUGGAGGCUAUUGCUCUGGUAGUCUUCAUGGUUGUCAUGAAAAGGAAGAUUGACCAGAUGAAGACCCAUUGCAGGACAGACAAUGCACCCUGCCCCCCAAAUGUGUCCGCAGAUGUUUGAGACUUUCCGAGACGUAAUUCCCCAGGGGGAGAGGCAAGCUUUUGCAAGUAUGCAAGCCAAACUACUUUCUUCCGUCCUUUCCUGCUGCUUCCGUCCAAUUGAAUUGGUGUUGCCUCACUUUGGUGAAAAAAAAUCACUACAUUUUCCAUGAUGACAACCAGGGAAUUAAGGGAAUGUCCCCAGCUCAACAACUUGAUUGCAAAUGAUGUUAUUGUUGUUGUUUUUUUGUGCAAGGUAUUGCAUUAAAAACUUUGAUAAUCCAU